UAUUUUAGUCGUAUCUCUUGCUCCUCUUCCUCCUGCUCCUCCUGCUCCUCCUCCUCCGGGAUCCGUCUUCGCUUGGCAGUAGUAGGAGGUUUGGUCUGGUUUGGUUUAGUGUUGGAAUGUCAGACGAAAAGUAAAAGAAGGAUCUCUCGUUCACGAAAUUCCGAAAUCCUCUCCAAAAUCCGACCCCAUCCAAGUUCUGAACUCCUUCCGGGAAUUGACUGGCAAUCGGAUGGCAUCAUCGCUUCAGUCUCGAUCAGAUGGACAUAAAUACCCAUAAUUAGGCAAAUAGACGAGCUUCAUUGGAUAGAGAUUAUGUUUGGUCUUGGCCAGAAUUUAAGUGAGAGCGCUUUCUCCAAAGCCACGAUCGAGCUGUGUGGAGUCGUCGUCUCUGGCACAUAUACGGGAUCCAACCAUGCUGGAUUGCUAGUGAUAGCAGGAGGCUAACCACCACCAUCACUACCACUACCACUACCACCAUCGUCAUCAUCUUUUUCCUCUUCUUCUUCCACUAGCACCACCAUCCUUAAGACUGCCGUGAACGCGGUGUCUUGAACCAGGACUUUGGCACGGAGUGAAAGAGGGAGCUCCAUUCCAAUGGUUGGACAGAAGAACGUAUAUGUAUUCCACUCUUACUUAUCCACGCACGCUCUUACUAUACUUGGAGCUUCCAUCUGGCAGUACAUGUCCGUCUAGGAGUAUUAGCAAGCAGGCCCACAUUGGAAUCUGCUGCCGAGACAAGAACCUGAGGGAUCAAUGUGGCGAGGUGUACUGGAUUGAAUAUCCCAAAUAUGUGCCCAAUGGCAUCCCUCUGAAGAUGUGUUCCAACUCUCCGUGGGAACCAUCCCGCCCAACUGAGCUUUUAAAAACUCACGAGAAAGUGCCUUGUGAUUGCGUAUCAAAUCAACAACAAGACCCAGAGAACCAGCGAGGAUCGAGCAAGUGAGUGAGUCCUCCUCCUGUCACUGACGGUCGGUCGGUGGUUCGUGCGUCCGUCCGUCCGUCCGUCCUUCCAUCCGCUUCUUCAUAGAGUGAUCCCGGAUGCAAAGUGAACCGGUGUUAUGACGGUGGAAAGGAGCAGCAAGAGCUGUUUUGGGCUUCAUCAUGGACUUUGGGUGACCUUGUCGGGUGUUUGGAAAUAGAUUGAUGGCAAAACAAGCCAUGUUCCCGUGAUCGCGAAUAAUCAAAAAUACCAAACGAACGAAAUCAAGCCAGCAUGGAUUCACGGCGACGACGACGACGACUCGUGUGACCUGGCUGGCAGACCCUACUACGGUAUGUGAACCCAAAGCCUUCGAGGGAUCGAAUCAAAGGCUCACAAUGCAAACCAUCGCCUCGAAUGGUCAUCAACUUGGUUCGCUGACCUCGCCUACUUCACUCAACAAUAACGGCGCUCCCCUCAAUUUGGAACACUACAAGUUUGUGCGGAAUAUUCUGCCCAAUGUUCCACACUGCAUCGAAUCACUCCACUUCAAUGAUCUCAACACGUGGGAUUGUGCCUUGAGUGUUAGCUUGCGGACAGAGUCGGAUUGCUUGAAAUGGCUGGCGGAAUUUCAGGAUAACACGCGAACCGACUGGAAAGUCGAUAGCAAUCUAGCCCUCUCGUCGGGUUCGGGGGGAUCCAAGGAACAAAAGGUGCAAUGGGGUAUGGUCUAUCGGUGUUGUCCGGUGGGAGUGAGUCCUAAGCUGUGCACUGCCAAAUUAGAAAUGAAAGUCGUGGCUCACCCGCCCAAUGAGAAGGUCUCUUCCAAACACAAACAAUACCCGUGCUCGGUGACCAUUUCAUUUGCCCACAACCAUGAAGUGACGCCCUCCAAUAAUAAUGAUGAUGAUGAUGAACAUGCCUCAAUCAGUGCGGCAAUACAAGCCGAACCCUUGCUCAAUGAUGAUUCGUACAAAAUGCACACCAGCCCUAAUUUAAAAGAUGAUUUUGAGAGCUUCUUCCUGCCUCAAAGCAGUGCCCCCGUGAUCGCCACUCCCACCACUGACAAUGUGACUCAGACGGGUGGGAUGCCCCCAAGUAGCCUCAAUCUAAGUGCAAUCCAAAUUCAGCCUCAUGGAGCGCCCAAUCCCGGUGGUCAGCUCGUCAUCCUACCCGAGCAAGUGUCCCAAAGUAGGUUUACCAGUGAAGUGUUCGAUCUGGCGGAUGUGAGCAAUAAACUCGACGAAGUUCUCGCCUACCUCAAGGCCAUGCUCAAGAAACCUAGCGGAACGGCCAUUGCCGCAGUGAAGCAGUUUUCCGAUAGCUUCGAGAGGCUCAAGCACAACGACGACGCAAUGGAAACGGCCCUCUGUCAAUUUGGAGCCGACACUCACAUCCAGUCUUCUCCCGCCGUGACGUUCAAUAACCCUCCUCAGUCAGCUCCGCCUACCAUCCCUCAAUGGAGCAUGAGUGUGCCCACCGUGGAACAGAAUGGCGUGUCCACCCCCGCUCCCAUUCAAGACGAGGCCCUGUCGGCUGAAGCGAUGAAAGCCCUCAAGAAAUUGAAGAAAAAACGGAAGAAGGGCAUCCCCGAUGUUCUCCCCGGACAAGUCGAUCCGAUCACGGGCAAGCGGAAAAAACGCUCUCGCUGUGGCACGUGUCAAGGAUGCAUCAAUCGGGACAAGACCCAGGAUUGUCGGGUGUGUCGAAAUUGCUUGGAUCAAAAACGAUACGGGGGCCCGGGUAGGCUGAAAAAAGCCUGUGUCAAGCGAUCCUGUGUGAUCAUGGCCACUUCCGAAGGUCAAGCCCCUUUGCCUCAACAAACGCAACCCCAAACUCAAAACGCGAGUAACCCGCCUCAUAUCCCCAAUAUCGUGUCAUCGAUUGGGGGCCCUACCAACAUUGCUCUGCCCUUGCACCCCGUGCCCGUGAGUGAGACGCAGCCCAUCGCAACCAUUCAACUUCCACAACAACCAAUCACACUUCAACCCAUCGAUACGUUGGCAUCGACUGGAAUGACCACCUCGGUAUCAGAGGGCUCCACCACCGUUCUUUCUUGGCCCAAUUUGAGUCAGUUUACGCCUACUUUCCAGGUUCAGCAGCCGGUGCAUUUCACAUAUCAGCCUCAAAGCUCCAUUGCUAACUUCGUCUCGUCAGCCGAGUCCAUUUCCACCCCCUCGGAUGGACACGUCCAGUUUUCCACCUCAGCCACUAGUUUGAUGUCGUGUAACUCGACAUCGCUUCAUCUCGACACAAUUACGGCCGAAGCGGCCAAGCAGCAUGGAAUCACUUGAAAAACUCACUUGAUAAUUGGGGUACUCGAAGAAACUCUCAACGGAAUCAAAACGCGCCUCCAAUCAAAGUAAAUGGCUGAGAAGAAAAGUAAAUUUCAACUUAAGAGAAAGGAGACAGGACUCGUCGAUCCUGAUCUAGUAUUGUAAGCCUCACAAUUUCACUCCUACUCCCAGUUCUUUCAGGACGAAACUUCCCAGUCUUCACAACGAAAGACACCCCCGACCAUGAAUUUGUAUUUGGAACUGCCAAUUCACUUGAAACCAACCUUUCGCAUCUAGUCUCUCUGCGGAGACUCUUCCAAAAUUGAUUGAUUUAACUAGAACCACACCCACGUCCAAGCUGAAGCUCAACAACAACCAACUCACAUUCCAUUCCCAUUUUCCAAAGGUUCUGUGGUUGGAAGUCCAAGGCGAACCUUGGGUAGUAUUGGCACACUCAAAAAUUCUGUGAUUUAGGCCUAGGUUUUUCCAGAGUGUUUUUUUUACGAAUAUACUGAAAAGAUAUUACCACCCUAAACUAUGCGGUCGAAUCCGGCCAAUCGUGUACAUUGUUAUUUGAAUCUAUAUAAAUCUAUAUAACAUAUAUAUUAUUAGUACUUUCUUAUAGAAGAUCAAUAUUUUUCCUCUCAAGCAGAGUAUGAUCACGAGUAAAAUAAAUUGCUAUCAACUUCGGA